CAGCCCGGGGGAGGCGCUACGGGCCGGCGGCCCGAGCUCGACGAGGCGGUGGGACGGCAGGUGUUGCCCUUUUUACAAAUUGAAGGCAAGGCCCUCCACUAGCAAAAAGAUUAGGAAUCGAUUGAUUGCGAUACUCGCUAUAUUGCAGCGGUUUGGAACCCAGCCCACAAUAUCCCCAAGAAUUUCCACACUGAUUAGUCAACAGUGGAAAAUCUGAAGAGAUGCGAGCAGGAAAAAGGAAUUAAACCAGGCCUGAAGAGCGAUGCAACGGGCAUGAUGGAGGUCGAGUCCUCCUACUCGGACUUCAUCUCCUGUGACCGGACGGGCCGUCGGAACGCAGUUCCUGACAUCCAGGGAGACUCCGAGGCCGUGAGCGUGAGGAAGCUGGCGGGAGACAUGGGCGAGCUGGCGCUGGAGGGGGCAGAGGGACAGGUGGAGUCAGGCACCCCAGACAAGGAAGCUAGCAGCCAGCCUGAGAGCAACGAUGGGACCACCUCAUCUUGAGCCUGACCUUACCCAAGAAGGCUGGAAGAGACACCUGCUGUGCCCGCCUGGACAGGGAGCCCUGGCACUGGCCCGGCAGCCUCUUCCCUGAGCCCCGUGUCCCAGGCAAGCAAGGCCAGACUGAAAGGCACCCCCAGAGGCCACUGUGGCCCUUGCCCUGCCAAGGUCCUCUGCCCACACCUACAGGCUCCACACUCCCAUCACCUCCUCACCGUGCCCAGGUACACUUUCAAGACACUGUAAUCACAGGAUGUUAUUUAUUCAGUGGGCACCAGGACUCAGGGGCUGGGCCCUGCCCACCCAGGAACGCUCCUCUCAUGGGCGGCCUGGGCAGCAACCACGUCCCCGCUCUGCCCCCUUUUCCAAACCCAAACUUCUAGGUCAAGCCAGACCUUUUGAUCCCUUUUUUAAAAAAACGCUUUUAAACUUUUAAACCUUUUUCAGCAGAGAGGGAAGGAGCUGACAAUCAGUUCACUUUUUUGGGGGGGGGAGGGACGCCAUUGUAAGCGAAACUCCUUUGACCAUCUCUGCAGCUCUGAGGUUCCCUCACUGAGCUUCACGGACCCAUUUUUAGGGAAGGGGUUUUUGUGCUCAAAGCUACCCGAUCAACUCUUCGCCCUUUCUUUCUACCAAGAUAAGUAACACCUGGGACCCAGGAAAUAAAUGCUGAUGAUUUGUGUGA